GUGCUGCAUCAACUGCCACUACUGGAGCUCCUGCACUUCAGCUCUGAGUUGGGAAUCUGUCUUCUGUGAUGGACGAGAUAAAAGGCCUAAGACGGAAGCUCUUCCUCCUCUUCAUUAUUACCUUCGUCAGCAUCUUAAUCUUCAGCUCAUCCAGGAGGAACAGAUCUAUCCCGAACUCACACAGAGCUACGGGCAUUUGCCCCUCUCAUGUCUCUGAUCAGACCAUCACCCCCCUCAACAACACCAAGCACCUACUGUUGUCGGCCUUCAUGGACCAGAGGGUCAAAGGCUUUGAUAUACGCAUCAUUGGCCUCUUCAGGAGAGACUCCAUCCAACCUCUUCACUGUCGCUUCUGCUGUGAAGGUUUCUUGUCGAUCACAACUCCAGCAAAAAUUGUACCACAUUCAGACAACUUUGGAUUUCCCUUCGUCACGACAGAUGUCAUGUGUCCGAUUCCUGAAAACUGCAAUGCGCCACAUGUCACUCUUCUGACUCAGCCAGAGAGUGGGAAUUUAUCUAAACAGAUUUGGCUCCCGAUAAGCAACAGAAAGACGAACAUGGACGAGAAGGAAAAGUUGCAGUUUAACUUCACAGUCUGCAUCUCCAACCUGUUUGGAGACUACAACAACGUGCUUCAGUUCGCCCAGACCCUGGAGAUGUACAGGCUGUUGGGUGUGGGCAGAGUGGUGAUCUAUAAAACAAGCUGUGGCCCAGAGCUCGAUCGUCUGUUGCAGAUCUACAGCCAGGACGGCUUCCUGGAGAUAGUUCCUUGGCCCAUCCACCAACAUCUGAAUCCAUCUAAAGGUUGGCUCUUCUCAGAGCACGGAGGGGACGUGCACUACUUUGGCCAGUUAGCCACGCUCAAUGAGUGCAUUUACAGAUCCAUGGAGCGCUCACGCUACGUCUUGCUGAACGACAUCGAUGAGAUUAUAAUGCCUUACCAACACGACAACCUGAUGUCUAUGAUGAACAUGCUCCAAGAGCAGCAUCCAAAUAUAGGGGUUUUCUUCAUCAAGAACCAUAUUUUUCCCAAAAAACACUUUGAGCCAAGUGGGAGGUUUCACCUACCGCAAUGGAACGGGCUGCCAGGAGUCAAUAUUCUGGAGCACAUCUACAGGGAGGAACCCAGCAUAAAUGUAUACCAUCCGCACAAGAUGAUACUUCAGCCAAGGUUGGUGGAGCAGACGUCAGUGCACGAGGUCAUCAAACAUAUGGGAAAUCACUUCCAGGUUCCACAAGAGAUCUGUCGGAUCAUUCACGUCCGUGUGGCUCUUCAGCGGGCGCUGACGCUGGAGCAGCUCAAUGUGGACAAACGACUGUGGGACUUCCAUGAAAAACUGGUUCCCAACGUGGACAAGGCGCUGAAAAGAGCGGGACUGCUGAACUCAGGGGGGCAGGGCUGAUGGACGGGACUGCACGGACAGGACAACUCUGAAUUGAAUGCAGGUCAAGGGGUCAAUGAUAGUCCGGAGAGCUGCAGAGGUGCUGGGUGAUGAUAAAUGGGACUUAUUGGUUUAUUUACAUUUUAUUUAGUUAUAGAUUGCAUCCAGCUCAGGUCAUUUUCUGCACUGUCCCUCAUCACAUCGACUAUAAUUACAGUAAAUGACGAAAAUCCGUCAUUAGAUUUCCUUGAGAUAGGUGGUAACAGGUUGAGCUUCUGAUGUAAAAAUGCAAAAUGUGAGAGAAAUCAAAAUGUCCAAUACACCUGAGGGUAUAUUCUUAUGUUGUUUUUUUUUAUGCAAAAUGCAUCACAUAUUCUCUUUUGUGGCCAAGUUGGAACUGCACGCAGGCCAGUCCAGCACCCCCACCCUCUUCUUCUGCAGCCAUGCUUUUUUUAUGUGUGCAGAAUGUGGUUUUUCAUUAUCUUGUUGCAAUAUGCAUAAGUGUCUCUGGAAAAGAUGUCGUCUUGAAGGCGACAGAUGCUGCUCCAAAAUCUCGAUGUACUUUUCGUUAUUAAUGGUGCCAUCACAGAAUUGUAAGUUACCUUUAACAAGGGCACUGACACAAGCCCAUACCAGGACAGACGCUGGUUUUAGAACUUGUUGCUGGUAACAGUCUGGAUGGUCCUUUACAUCUUUGAUCUGAAGUACACAGCGUCCACUUCUUCCAAAAAAGACCUGAAAUACUAACUCGUCAGAUCAAAACACACGUUUCCACAGUGCUGGAUCCAAGUCGACGGCGCUUCUGGACACAGUUAACAUAAGGCUUCCUUUUGGCAUGGUGAAGUUUUAACUGGCAUUUGUGAAUGUAACUUCUUAUUGUAGUGCCUGUUAAAGGUUGGCCAAAGUAAUCCUGAGCCCAUGUGGUUAUAUUGCUUUUAGAUAAAUGACGGUUCUGAAGGCAGUGUCGUCUGAGGGAUCGGAGAGCACGGUCAGUUAGCUUAGUCUUGAGCCCUAGCUCUUUAUGCACUGAAAUUCCUCCAGAUUCCUUGAAUCUUUUAAUGAUGUAAUGCACUGCAGAGGAUGGAAUAUCCAAAUCCCUUCCUUUCCUUCUUUGAGGAACACUGUUUUUAAACAUUCUCACACAUUUCUUGGCAAACUGGCGAUCCACGGCCCAUCUAUGCUCCUAAAGACCUUUCCUGCAUACUGCUUUUCUACCGAUUCAUGAUAACAAAUCAACCUGUUAACAUUGCCUAUUUCAAAUCACUUUUUUUUAUCCAUUUUUAAUCAUUCUAGCUUAUUACGAGCCUCUAAAUUGAAAUAUUUCAUGUAGGUAAAUAGGCACCAGGUUUUUAACAGGGAGAAUUCAGUCCAAUGUGAAUCCAGUGUUACAUCAUUGACUGUAUAUAAAGACUGACGACAUAGCUUUUCCCCCCCACCUUGUGACUGGCUGCAGUAUAGGUCUUAAAUAGCUCCUUGUUGCUCAUGGACCAAAUCAAAUCAGAAAGUGAAAGUACACUCAAGGAUGUUUUUUGUCAUUUUUUGAAAGUUCUUACCACACUGAUGUAUGCUGAAGUAUUUAAUUUACCAUUAUUUACCAUUGUUUCAACUUGUAAUGAUGCUUUAAUAAUUGGGUGAAAAAGUCACGAUUGACAGCAGCGAAUCCAGCUCAAUAUGUGCAAGAUGGGGGUGCUCGUUUCUGAGAUUUUUGGGCCUGAUUUCUGGGAAGUGGGAGUGGAGACAUGAUAUCCAACUUUAUAUACUGUGUGUUAUACAAGUGCAAGGCUGAUUCAGUUGCAAGUUUAAAGUUACACCUUGUUUACACUAAUGCAGAACAACACAUUAGCCUAACAGAAACUCCUUCAUAAUAAAGUUUUCUUUCUUCGUUAUUUCAGCCAAAGGAGACAUAAGUAAAGAAAAAAAAUAAAAAUAACCCUCAAAUUAAACUCCUUUCCAUUACCAUGAACAAAGAAGCCACCGCAUACAUAUUGGACUCGGACACAUUUAAAAAAGCAUCAUCAUUUGGAAACUAUUUAUUGAACAUUUGCAACCAGAUAUCAGUUAAAUACAGAACUUUCAUUUCUCUCUCUACAUCCCCCAACAGCAGGGACUGGCUACACUUCAUUACACUCUGAGAGGAGGGAAUGUUACAGGACUUGGUAAGGCGCACACUGUGCUGGAAGUCAUUUGGCUUUCUGUCUUCUGAUAAUAAAGAGAAAUGAAAUCUG